AUGGAAAAGAUAGAUACCUCAACCAAUUCUAAAAGGAUUCAAGAACCCUAUAACAAAGUAGUUAGAGGUGACCCUAGUAUUUCAUAUGUUGUUUAUAGUGUGGAUAAAAAUGCAACAUUAGACGUUUCAGAAACCGGUGAUGGACCUUUAGAAGAAUUUGUGGAACAAUUCACUGAUGGUCAAGUGCAAUUUGGUUUAGCUAGAGUAACUGUUCCUGGAUCUGAUGUUUUUAAAAAUCUUUUAUUAGGUUGGUGUCCUGAUAACGCUCCUGCAAAAUUAAGAUUAUCAUUUGCUAAUAACUUUGCAGAAGUUUCAAAAAUCUUUAGUGGGUAUCACAUUCAAAUUACUGCUAGAGAUCAAGACGAUUUGGAUGUAGAUGAAUUUUUAAGUCGUGUUGCAGCUGCUGCUGGAGCAAGAUAUUCAACUACUCCAGGAAGUUCAAGUAAAAAGUCAACUCCAACUCCAAGUGUUUCUAAAACAACUGUCUCAAAACCAAUUACUCCUAAACCAGCAUCAUCAACAAGCAAACCAUCUUUUAUUCCAAAAUCAACUGGAUUUGGAAAAUCAGAAAAGCCUAAAUCAUCAAAUGAUGAUGGAUGGGGAGAUGCUCAAGAUGUUGAAGAAAGAGAUUUCGAUGAAAAACCUUUGGAAAAUGUUCCAUCCACUUAUAAACCAACAAAAGUAAAUAUCAAUGAUUUGAGAAAACAAAAAUCAGAUACAAUUAGCUCUACUCCGAAAUCCAAGACUACGGAAACGAAAAAAUCUGAAGAAAAUGAUGAUAAACCAAAACCAUUAAGUGAACGCUUGAAAGCUUACGAUCAUAAUGAUGAUGGUAGAUUAACUUCAUUACCAAAACCAAAAAUUGGGCAUUCAGUGGCUGAUAAAUAUAAAGCAAACGCAUCAUCAUCAGGUUCUACUCCUUCAUUCGGUGCAAAACCCUCAUUUGGUUCAAACAAUAACACCAACAAAGCGGAUAAAGUAUCUGGUGGAUUAUCAAGAGAUUUUGGUGCUGAAAAUGGUAAAACUCCAGCACAAAUUUGGGCUGAGAAAAGAGGUAAAUAUAAAACUGUUACUUCAGAUGAAGACGAAAAAGAUGAUAAUAAACCAAGUCAAAAUUUCCAAAGUCAUGCUUCUGAAUUAGCUAAUAAGUUUGAGAAGCAAGCUAAUCUUAACGAUGAUAAUCAAGACGAAGAAGAAGAAGAAGAGGAAGAAGAAAAACCAGCUCCACUUCCAGCUAGAAACUUUCCUCCACCACCAAAAAGACAACCAAUUCCAGAACCAGAAGAAGAUGAAGAAGAUGAGGAAGAAGACGAAAAACCAGCAAAAUUUUCAGCUAGGAAUUUACCUCCUCCUCCACCUAGACAACCUGAACCUGAAGACGAAGAAGAUGAAGAAGAAGAUGAUGAUGAAAAACCUGCACGCUUACCUGCUAGAAAUAUUCCUCCACCAACUAGUUUCGGAGAAGACGAUGACGAAGAAGAAGAUGAAGAGGAUGAAAAACCAGCAACUUUACCAAGAAGAAAUUUACCACCACCACCUCAAGCACAGGCUGAACCAGAAGAAGAACCUGAGGAAGAACAAGAAGAACCUGAAUCCAAACCUCAAACUAAUUCGGGAUCAAAUACAGCUAUAGCAGAAUAUGAUUAUGAAAAAGAUGAAGAUAAUGAAAUUGGAUUUGAAGAAGGAGAUUUGAUUGUUGAAAUUGACUUUGUUGAUGAAGAUUGGUGGUCAGGUAAACAUUCUAAAACUGGUGAGAUUGGAUUAUUCCCUGCUAAUUAUGUUACUUUACAGGAAUAA